UCAAUUAUACUCUAUAGCUCCUUCCCGCUCACGUUUGAUUGGGACCGGACACACGGAACUCUGCGAUAGGGGUGAGGAAAGGUUCACAUAAUAGGAAUGACCUUUCCGAUGUCUUGUUAGCUCGUCACACAAAGAAAAGGAAGCCAUGUUGAGGUGGAAGAGAUGUGAGAGGAUGAAACAGAUGCCUUCACAUCUCACUCGGUGACUUGGGUGUUGAGUGCGUAUGUCCUCAGAGGCAUGCCUGCCAACUAGAAACAAUUAUACAUGUGGUUAAAUAUAUUUUUUAAUUGUGUGAAGUUAAGGUGCCAUUGUAAGCAAUAAAGGGGUGAUGCGGUACUUACUGACCCCCAGUAAUAGCCAGACGUCAUGUAAGCAGCUUUCUAUAGCCACUGUGAACCCCAUCACUUGUGCAAUGUCAUUUAACUCACGGGAAAAAAAGAAAAAAAAAAAAAAUGGUCGAAAAGUUACGGACAUGCUAUUGUGCACGCAAUGGAAUGUUGAGCUAGCCUACCAUGAAGAUCAACCGCCGACCAGCAGGAUUCCGCUGUAAACAAUGCUAGUCCAUCACAGACUAUUUACUCCAUUUCGUAAGCUACUUAUAUGCUCUUGAAGCAGGAGUACAUUGAAGAUAAUUAGAAUUUAGCAAGCAGGAUGCAGGCUGUCCAGCAGGCAGCCACACAGGGUGGAGCACAUAUCAUCCAAACUGCUGGAGGUCAGCUGAUGCUCCAGACUGUGGGUGGCACUGGCUCAAUUCAGGUGGCGCAAGCUGGGGGCACUCAACAACUCCAACAAUUACAGGUUGUACCAGCAUCAGGGAUACAGAGCAACAACCAUGUAGUGACUGUACCUGCUGGGUCAGCACAGCAAGCACAGAUCAUCCAGACCUCAGAUGGCCAGGCUAUUGUGUAUCCUAUUCAAGUUGAUGGUCAAGGAAAUAUUCUCCAUCAACCGUCCACAGUUUUGAAUCUUUCAGGUAACAUCAUCCAGCUUGCAACAUCAAAUCAAGGAAGCACUGUACAGCAAAGUCCUAGCCAAACUAACCAACAAACACCAACAGCAGCAGCAACAGCUCAAAAUUCUCAGUCUAAUUUACAAAGUGUGGUUAUGGUUGGUAAUGGAGCAGUAGCUCAGUUGCAGCGAAUACCUCUACCUGGACCAGAACUUUUAGAGGAAGAGCCCCUUUAUGUUAAUGCUAAGCAGUACCAUAGAAUUCUUAAAAGACGACAAGCUAGAGCCAAGCUUGAAGGGGAUGGUCGAAUACCUAAGGAACGAAAAAAAUAUCUCCAUGAGUCAAGACACAGACAUGCAAUGAAUAGGAUACGAGGGGAAGGGGGAAGGUUUCACAAAGGAUCAGAAGACAUGAUGGACAAUUUAGGAGGCUUAGGACUGCAGAAUGGCAUGGAUGAACUCAUCACUGGAGACACAGUGCCAGCUCGUGUGACUGAUACCAAAGUGUUUGUUAGCUGAGGCAUCACAGGCCUUUCUAUUAUCAGAUAAGAAUUGAAGAUAUAUGCAUUUUGAUCUCCAGCUGCAAGUUUGUAGUGACCACAAAAGAAUGAUGUUAUGUAUGAUGCCAUGGAAGCAACAUCUUAUCAUGUUAAGUACAAGUAUUUGUCAUAUGCAACUUGUGAUACACAUAUGGUGUUUGAGACUGGGAUUAUGCUCUAUUUAUUGUAGAAUUAGGCAUGACCUGUAAUGUGAGUGGCAUUUUAAGUGGUUUGACAUUGGAAAUGAUCUCAUCUUCAUGUAAGGAGUUUGGUACUUUAAUCAACCUUUUCUUGUUUUGUUUUUGUUUCCAUAAGUUGUGUAAUGUAACUAGUACCUGUAAAUUACAGGCAUUAUUAAUUGGUCACUGACAUUAAUACUUGGCUCAUGAUGAGCUAUUGGAAUGUGAACACCAAGUCACAGCAAUUUUGUCUUAUCUGAAAGUAACUUUCUUUAUCAGUAAUAAAUUUUAAUGCUUUAUAUUUCACCAACAUUUGUUUGAGCUUCAUCAAGUUUCUUGUCAUUUCAUAAUGUAAAAUCAUACAAGAAAACUGUGAUAGUAACUUUGGAUUUUAAAUUUAAUCUGUAGUCAAUUCUGUGCCUCUUCAAGUUAAAAAGAUCCAGAAAAUUCUCCAAGAUACUAUUUUACCAUAUUUUGCUCAGAAUUACUUUUCGUUGAACUUUGGCACUAAUUCAUGUAUCAUAUUUGCGUAUUGAAUGAUUACAUUUUUUGUUCUUUGACAUUCAUAAUUACAAGGAGAGCUAGCAAUCAAUAUUUUCUAUUUACAGUUGAAUAUUAUAGUAACUUAUUAUAGAAAAUAUGCAUUGAAUAUCAAUGCAUUAAUAAAAAGACUAAUUUUUCUAUAUCUUGUUUACUUACUUUUCUGUUUCAAAUUAUGAUACUGAGUGAAGGUACAGGAUUUAGGAAUUACACACCUGAAGUUUAUAAGUAAUUUUUGUAAUGCAGAUAUCCUCUAGGGUUGAAAAGUUUUCUUUUGUAAAAGAAGAUAUGGUUAUAUUUUAUAAACAUACUGGAUAAGGUAUUUUAUAAAGAGCAGUAAAAUAUCAAUCUGGGUUA